GAGAAGGAAGCAUGUUGUGGUAAACAUCCCGUAAACAUAACUUUCCAGGUGCGUAAAUGUAAUCUUUAUUUUUAAUACACAUGUUUCUAGUUUAAAUGUGUGAUGAUAAGUGAAGAGUGGAAGACUAGAUGUUACGUCAACUGUUAUUUAUGCGCAGCACGUUUUACAGCUAAAACAACGGUCAUAUGAGCAGACGUAAAGAUUAAAUACAGUCACUUGCGCUUAAAAUGGACGCGGUUUAUCAAGGAAAGAUCAAGAAGAAGAAAAGAGAAAGAGAGGUGCAAACUUUUGUUGAAAGUUCAAAUGUGCAGAACGAGUCUGAAAAGAAAAGACAUAAGAACAAGAGGGAAAAAGACGUGGAGAAUUUAAGUGACCAGACACCUACAGAGAAGAAGAAGAAAAGGAAACUGAAUAAAAGAGAGUUUGAUAUUGACACUGAACAGGCGACAUUGAUCAAUGAUGGACUCCUACAUGAAGUAAAUGACGCCACCUCACCAUCAAAAGAGGAGGAGAGGAAGAAAAAAAGAAAGAAAGUGAAAAGAACACAUUCAGACUGUGAUGACACGGCAAAAGACCCUCAUGAAGAGCAGUCUGGUGUCACCACGGAGAUGGAGAACAUGCCAAAUGACCAGCAAACUGCCCAAGACCUCACAGAUCCUGCCACCCAAACUCAUAUUCAAACCUUUCAAAUUAGAAAGAAAAAUGGACAACUUAAAAUUAUAGAAAUUGAUUUAAAACUUAGGGAUGAAUUGGAAGAAUUUGUUCCUGACAUUAAGUCCACUAAUUUAAUUAAUGUCCGAAUUAUGAUCUUAAAUGACUUGCCAAGGUUCAAGGAGUUCAAAAGGCAAGGUAUCCCACUGAGAUAUGGACGAUUCUCCUAUGAGGAAAAUAAGAGGUUGAGACGGAACGUUUUGGAUUUUCUUGCUCUCACAGGAGUUGACAAUGUUAACAAGCUCUUUCACGUGCGAAGGUUUCCAGAUGAAAGAAAGCAAUUGAUGAAGUUGAAAAGGGAGAACAAGUUUUUCUUAAAAAUAGCUGAAGGAAUUCCCCGGACUUGCUAUAAAGUUUUUUUCCGUGGAAGGAAAUGUUUUGAUCAUAACAAUUAUAAAGGAAGGUUUGAUGACGAAGAGGUCAAAGCGUUGAUAAAAUAUCAGACAAUACAUGGCAAUGACUGGUUGAAGAUUUCUAAACUAACUGGUCGAAGCACUUUGUCUCUUGAGAAGCGUUAUUCUCAAAUCAGUAAAAAAUUUGGACCAUGGUCAGAAAAGGAGUUGCAGAGACUGUUGAAGGCUGUGCACGACUAUAUGGUAACUGAACUUAAGUCCAUGUCCACUGAUACGAGGACGCCAACCAGAGUCAGUCGAGAAAUUCUCUACAAGAGACUGCCGUGGUUUGAAAUAGCUCGCAAGGUUAAAACUCGAUGCUGGACCAAGUGCAGAGUUAAAUGGAUGGACAUUCUUGCGGUGCGGAUGUCAUCUGGGACUUUAUCCCAGGGAAGGAAAUCCCACUUGGCCAAAAUCAGACUCAUUCAAGCAAUGUAUGAAAGCCAGGUAGAUGAUCCGGUAAAUAUUGACUGGGAGGAUCUCACGAGUACUUUUGGCGAUGUUCCUCCUGCAUAUGUUCAGAUGAAAUGGCAUCAGCUCAAAGUGUGCUACGUGCCAAAUUGGAAGAACAACAGUUUUGAAGCGCUGUCUUGGGCGUCUCACAGUGCGGACAUGGCAAUUUAUUGCCCUAGCCACAUCAGCAGUCCUCAUGCCUCCCUGCAGCAUGCCUAAUGCACGUUCACGCAGAUGAGCAGGGACCCUGGGCAUCUUUCUUUGGGUGUUUUUCACAGCCGGUAGACAAGUCUCUUUAGUGUCCUGCGUUUUUAGAACUGUGACCUUAAAUGCCUACUCUCUGUAAUCUGUUAAGGUCUUAACGACCAUUCCACAGGUGCAUGUUAAUUAAUUGAUUAUGGUUAAUUGAACGUGCAUGGAAAACAUUGUUUAAACCCUUUACAUUGAAGAUGUGUAAAGUUAUUUGGAUUUUUACAACAUUAUUGUUGAAAUACACAGUCCUGAAAAAGGGACGUUUCUUUUUUUGCUGAGUUUAUAUCUCCAUGUUCACAGAUGAAAAAAUCAAGCUUUCAAAGAAGUGAACACCACACCUGGAGUGAAACAUGGAGGAGGCUCAGUUAUGUUUUAGGGCUUCUUUGCUUCAUCUGUGCAGGGCUCAAUGAAAUCUCAAGACUCUCAAGGCAUUCUGGUGAGAAACAUACGGCGCAGUGUCAGAAAGCUCUGUCUCAGUCGCAGGUCAUGGGUCCUCCAACAGGAUAAAGAGCCAAAACACACAUAAGCUAAAAUCAUCCAAGAAUGGAGAAGAACAAAACAUUGGACUAUUCUGAAGUGACCUUCUAUGAGUCCUGAUCUGAAUCCUAUCGAACAUCUAUGGAAGAGCUGAAACUUUCAGUCUGGAGAAGACACCCAUCAAACCUGAGACAGCUGGAAGAGUGGGCCAAACAUCAUUUUUUUCCAUGACAUUUUCAUUUGUUUUAUUAUUAACAAUAUUAUUUUGAAUAAAAAUUCAAAAGCAAAGUCUGAUUUCUAUUAAAUAUGGAAUGAACAAUGUUGGAUGCCAAUUACUUCUGUCAGUUUCAAGUUAUUUCAGAGAAAGUUGUGCAUUCUUCAUCUUUUGUUGAGGGGUACCAACAAAUUUGAGCACGUCUGUGUAUAUAUAUGAAUAUAUAUACACACACUGUAUAGUACCUGCUGACUGAUAUGAAUGUUUGAUGUCAUUUCUCCCAGACAUUGUUGACUACCUGCAUGAGAAGGUCAAACCAAAACUGGAGAAUGAAUGUAAGGAUCUUGAUGAGAAUGACCUGCCAGCUGACCAGAAGCAGAGUUUCCUUCUCUCUGACAUCUUUCAGGAUGUAAA